AUGCUAUUUCAGAGAGAGAGAGAGGAGCCAGCCAUGAAUCCCUUCCAGAAAAAUGAUUCCAAGGAAACUCUUUUUUUACCUGUCUCCACUGAAGAGGUACCACCUCAACCCCCCAGCUUUCCAAAGAAGCCAUCUCCGAAAAUCUGUGGCUCCAACUAUCCACUGAGUAUUGUCUUCAUUGUGGUGAAUGAAUUCUGUGAGCGCUUUUCCUAUUAUGGCAUGAAAGCUGUGCUGACCCUGUAUUUCCUGUAUUUCCUGCAUUGGAGUGAAAACACUUCCACAUCUGUGUACCACGCCUUCAGCAGCCUCUGUUACUUCACUCCCAUCCUGGGAGCAGCCAUUGCUGACUCAUGGUUGGGAAAAUUCAAGACAAUCAUCUAUCUCUCCUUGGUGUAUGUGCUUGGCCAUGUGAUCAAGUCCAUGGGUGCCUUACCAAUACUGGGGGGACAAAUGUUACACACAGUCCUGUCAAUGGUCGGCCUGAGUCUAAUAGCUUUGGGGACAGGAGGUAUCAAACCCUGUGUGGCAGCUUUUGGUGGAGACCAGUUUGAAGAAAAACAUGCAGAGGAACGGACUAGAUACUUCUCAGUCUUCUACCUCUCCAUCAAUGCAGGGAGCUUGAUUUCUACAUUUGUCACACCCAUGCUGAGAGGAGAUGUGCAGUGUUUUGGGAAGGACUGCUACGCAUUGGCUUUUGGAGUUCCAGGACUGCUUAUGCUGAUAGCUCUUGUUGUGUUUGCAAUGGGAAGCAAACUAUACAGAAAACCACCUCCUGAAGGAAACAUACUGAAUCAAGUGGUCAAAUGUAUCUGGUUUGCCAUUUCCAGCCGUUUCAAGAACCAUUCUGGGGACAAUCCCAAGCGAGAGCACUGGCUGGACUGGGCAGCUGAGAAAUACCCAAAGCAGCUCAUUAUAGACGUGAAGGCACUGACCAGGGUACUGUUCCUUUAUAUCCCAUUGCCCAUGUUCUGGGCGCUUUUGGAUCAGCAGGGAUCACGAUGGACCUUGCAAGCCACCAGGAUGAAUGGGAAUUUGGGUUUCUUUGUGCUUCAGCCUGAUCAGAUGCAGGUGCUAAAUCCCUUUUUGGUUCUUAUCUUCAUACCAUUGUUUGACCUUGUCAUUUAUCGUCUGGUCUCCAAGUGUGGCAUUAACUUCACAUCACUUAGGAAAAUGGCUGUUGGUAUGAUCCUAGCAUGCCUGGCUUUUGCAGUUGCUGCUGCUGUAGAGAUAAAAAUUAAUGAAAUGGCCCCAUACCAGCCAGAUUCCCAAGAGAUUUUCCUACAAGUCUUAAAUCUGGCAGAUGAUGAGGUGAAGAUAACAGUGCUCGGCGAUGAAAAUAAUACUCUGUUGGCAGAGUCCAUCAAAUCUUUUCAGAAUAUGCCGCACUAUUCCAAACUCCACUUGAAGACAAAAAGCCAGAGUUUCCACUUCCAAUUGAAAUAUCACAAUGUGUCUGUCUACACUGAGCAUUCUAUGGAGGAGAAAAUAUGGUACACCCUGAUCAUUCGAGAAGAUGGGGAAAGUAUUUCUAGCAUGAUGGUGAAGGAUGAAGAAAACAAAACAACCAAUGGGAUGAUAGCCAUGAGGUUUGUUAACACUUUGCAUGAAGAGGUCAAUGUCUCCCUGGGUACAGAUGCAUCCCUCAUUGUUGCUGAAGACUAUGGUGUGUCUGCUUACAGAACUGUGCAAAGAGGAGAAUAUCCUGCAGUGCAUUGUAGAACAAAGAAUGAGGAUUUUUCGCUGAAUUUAGGCCUACUAGACUUUGGUGCAGUUUAUCUGUUUGUUAUUACUAAUAGAACCAAUCAGGGUCCUCAGGCCUGGAAGAUGGAAUACAUCCCUGCCAACAAAAUGUCCAUCGCAUGGCAGCUACCACAAUAUGCCCUUGUUACAGCUGGGGAGGUCAUGUUCUCUGUCACAGGACUUGAGUUUUCUUAUUCUCAGGCUCCCUCUAGCAUGAAGUCUGUACUCCAGGCGGCCUGGUUGCUGACAGUUGCAGUUGGGAAUAUCAUUGUGCUUAUUGUGGCACAGUUUAGUGGCCUGGCUCAGUGGGCUGAAUUCAUUUUGUUUUCCUGCCUCUUGCUGGUGGUCUGCCUGAUCUUCUCCAUCAUGGGCUACUACUAUGUUCCUUUAAAGCCAGGGGAUAUUCAGGGGUCAGCUGAUAAGCAGACCCCCCAAAUCCAAGGAAACAUGAUCAACCUGGAAACCAAGAAGACAAAGGUCUAA